UUACAUCAUCACCAGAGUCCUUAACAUUCAAAGCCAAUCCAUUUAUGCUCAGAAGCGUUCAUUUUCCUUCCAUAUUUUACAGACGUCGCCAUUUUCUUUCCAAAUUUUAGAAACGCUGCCAGCCCAUAAAUCAAGUUUAACGAUGGCUACAGUUACGAGCAAGCCUUCUUCUUCUUCGCCAGCAUCGUCAACCAGACCAAACCCUGGUGCAAGAAACUCUGAAAGUAAAGAUCCCAUGAGAAGGAGUUUCAGUGGUAAUCCAUUUAGCAAACCCUCGUCGAUUCUGCCUAAUUCCAGAGAUUUUGUUAGAAGAAGCUCCAUUGCCAGAGAAAGUGCAAGUUCCUUGCGCGAUUUCACAGACAAAGAAAACGGCAAAGAAACAAAUUUAAACAUAGCAAGAGUCCGAUCUCCAGCUUCUGCUUUAAAGGGUACAAAGAACUUCAUGUCGCCAACCAUUUCUGCAGCUUCAAAGUUCACUGCAUCACCGAAAAAGAAAAUAUUGACUGAGAGAAAUGAGCCAGUUUUGUCUUCAGUUUCAUCCUCUGAUGCAAAAAGCCAACUUAUGCAAGACAAUGAACUAAAUCCAGAGAAAAGUUCAAUUAAGAAAAAGGCGGUUUCGUUUUCUGAUGUUAAAAGCCUGAUUUUGGAAGAUGAUGGCUUUUUGAAGCCAGAGAUGGGCUUGAAUCAGAGCAAGAUUGAGGCUUCAUAUGACUCAACCAUCACUGAGUUAGACGAAGAAGCUUUGAAAAGUGAUCUUGUUUCUGAUUCAGAGGUAAAUUUGGAAUCGAAGAAGAACCAUGUAAGCUCAUUACCAAAGAAUGUUACUGAGGAGAAUGAUUCUGGUGUUAAUCUUGGUUCAACUUUCAAGAUUAGUCCUAGAACCUCUUGUUCAACUUUGACCCCAAUGUUGGCACCACUUGAUGCAGAUCCUUCAAUGCCACCUUAUGAUCCUAAAACAAACUAUCUGUCACCGAGGCCUCGGUUUCUUCAUUACAGGCCGAAUCCACGAAUUGAGCUUUUUCAUAAGAGAGUUGGUAUGCGUUUGGAAGAGAGUUUUGUAUCAGAAAGUUUUUCAGAUAGUGAAGUUAGUGGAAUUCUGUCUGAUGAUUCCCAUAGAGAAUCCGAAGAUGUUUCUUCAGAUGAAACAAUGAAAGAAGGGGAGGUUGAAGCAGCAGUAGAAGAGGAAGAGACAGAGCUCACUGUAUCUGAACCAAACCCUUUUAGUUUCUACAAGCCUGAGGAGAGUGUUCAAGCUAAAGGGGUGUCUAAAUCAAAAUUCUUCACAAGUUCAAAGUUCAUUGCUUUCAUUUUUGUCCUACUGUUUGCUGGUUUGUCGAUUUCAGUUGUUAAAUCUCCAGUCACUGAUUUUUCUGUGCUAAAUGAUUUGGACUUCUCUAACCUCUAUGUCCUACCGGAAAUCACUGAAUUUGCAAUUGUGAACUUUGAGAGGCUGGCUCAAAGAUAUCAGUUGUGGGCUGCUAACUCUUUCUCCUACAUUUGCAAGCUGAUAUCUGAUUUGAGGAAAGUGCCAAAGUUGGGUCCUUUGCAGUAUGGUAAUCUGACUGAUUUGUUUGAAGAGUACAAGGAAGCUGAUGCAGUAUUUAAGCAAGAUCAGGCUGUGUUGACACCAAUAUGGGAGAGAGAUGUCGGAGCUGAACUAUCCAAAGAGGGUGAUUCCGAGAGCGAAACCGAUGAGAACGUUGAAGAGGUUUUGGAAGAAGAUAAUAGCCCAAAAUCUGAAGAACAAGUGCACCAAGGGAAUGCUGAGGUUUCAGAAUAUCACACUGACCCAGAGCCUGAAGAGGCAUGCUCAACUCCACCAGCUGAAGGGGUUGAAAUUUCAGAAGCGGAGCAGUCUGGUGAUCACAAUGAUAUCAAGCCACAAACAGAUCAGCUUGAGUUGAUCUUAGAAGCUACUGUAAUCCAGCCUGAAGCUGAAGCCUAUGAGUCUCAAGGAGAAAGUGAAAAGAACUUUCAUGCUGAAUUUGUGUCUCCUAAAGUUGAAAACUUCCACCAAAGCUCAGAGUUGGAUAUUGCAAUGGACAAUCCACAGAUUUCAGCAGCCACGGCAGAUAUUACUACAAUGAAUGGAUCAGAAGUUAAAUUUUUUACAGCAAAUAUGGUGGGAAUUUCCAUGCUUGUGCUUCUGAGUCUGCUUGCAAAAAUAGCUUUCUUAAAGUAUGCACAUAAAGAAAAAAGCUCGACUCCAAAUGCUAUCCCUACACAUGUUCAACAGCCAUCUAAGAAAUUCGAUUACAGUCUAAUUUCUGUUACCUCAGAGCAUCAGCAGACAGAAGAGGUUGAUAUGGCUGGUGAGUCAUGCUCAUCAGAAAUGAGCAGCUUCAAAAGUUCUUCUUACAGCAAAAAAGGACUCAAAGAUUCAAGUGAAGCUCAAACCAAAGAAAAGAAGAUUAGGAAGAAUAGCAGGAGAGAGUCCCUUGCCUCAUCAGAUUUCUCUAUGGAUUCGCCCUCUUAUGGUAGCUUCACCACUUAUGAAAAAAUUACCAAGAAGAAUGGCCUUGAUGAUGAGGUGGUUACUACUCCAGUUAGGCGUUCGAGCAGGUUGAGGAAUCAGGCCGCCACUUCUUCAUGACAGCCAGAAAUGGUUCCAUGUUUAUCACUCCUUCCAUUGUGCAGCUGUGCGAAGUGUGAACCCCAUUUAUUUUAACUUGCUGACUUAGUUUAGUUUACCUUAGCUUGAAUUAAUCGUAGUGCAAACACCUUCAUUAAUUCAGAUCUUCUGAUUCUUAUCUCA